ACCAUCAUCAUGUCCUCCAGCCAACCGCAUACGCAGUCGACGAGUCCUAUGGACGCGAAUGGUGUAGUACGUUGCUCACAUGGUGAAACUGCAAUGACAAGGACUAGUCAAACAUCUUUAAAUCCCAAUCGUGAGUUCUACACUUGCUCGAGAUCAAUCCAGAGUGAAAGAUGUAAAUUCUUUUAUUGGGCAGAUGACCCUAUUUUUUCCCAACAACAGAAUAUUCCUGUACCUCACUCUGUACCUGCAACUGCGCCUGCGCCUACGCCGCCGAGGCCGCCUCCUUCUCAAAGGCAGAGAGCCGAGUCGGCUCGAGCAUUGAGCACACCCCACAGAAGCCCUAGGAAGAGGAUAGCAGACAUAGCGGCCGCCUUAAAUGAACCGGGGCCUCAGGCCCCUUCAACGCCACAACAUGACAGCCCCCAGCAAAACGCAAGUGGUUUGAAUUAUCAUACGCGCUCAUUUCUUUUUGGUUCCCAAUCCUCUCUGUCCUCGACGAUCGGAGAUUGGGACGGGAUAUCGUCAGAAGACGACCCAGAACAAAGCAGCCCAUCUAGGAGUGCGGACCAGAGUUUUGAAAAUCUAGACCAGAGGACACCAAAGAAACCCAGAAUUACACCCGUGGAGCAGCGAUCUGGUGUCCAAAUCCCAUUUCCACCGACUCCACCUCAGACAAUACGCCGCCGCGGCGACAAUUCUGGCCAGGGCAUAUUCCAAACAGAUUACCCACAAACUCCGACUAGGAACAAAGGCAAGGAGCGCGAAAAUAGCGGCGGGGAGCAAACGACUCCAGGCGCGAAUGCUCGCAUCCCCGGUCCCUUUGAGAGCGGAAGCAGCACCCUCGAACGUGCCUCCGACGUCCCCGCACGCACCUCUAAAACCCUCGAACGCACCUCUUCCAACCCUUUUAUUGUUAACCAAACUACCGGCGAAAGCAUUGCUUCGCAUCUAGAAGCACUGGAGGCCUUACAGUCGCCGUCACAUAUUCGCAAAAUGGAGAAGAAGCUUAGUGCGCUGGAUCAAAGCAAUAAAUUCAAGGCGAAGUACCUCGAGGACGUAAAGGCUGCGAAGGCGGAAGUGGAGAGUGAAAAUGUACGUUUGACAGCAGAGAAUGCGGGUCUUCAGAGUGAAAAUGCGCGGUUGGCGCAAGCGAAUGCGCAUCUGCAGGAAAGGUUGCUACAGUCUGAGCGCAGCAGUCGCGUCAAAGAUAUUGAAAUUGCGGCUAUCAAGUCCCGUCGUCCUCCAAAUAUAUGAUUUGGUUAUUUUGACGUGGUGUGGAGGUAAUCUACGAUGUGUACCGGACCCAAUCAACUAGUUCCAUAUUUAUCCUUCAAUAUUUUUGUCUAGGCACAUUUUUGUUCUCACCGAUUCACUAUCGGUUGCUUCAUCUCGAUCUCACGGGGGGAAUCUAUGGAGGCAUUAAUAUUGGUGCCAUGUGCGAACAGAUCAAAUCGUUGGGAGCAAUUGUGGCCAAUCAUUCGAGACUAUUGCAGGGUGGUGUACAAAGUUGCUUGCUUUGGAGGUCGACUAUUCAACAUUGUAGAGGACCGUAAUCUCAGAACUACAGUCUGUCCUCGCAUCGAAUCAUUAUUCCUUGCCGUUUGGCUCAGAA